AUGGCGGCCCACGAGCUAAUCGGGUCGAGCGGGCGCGUCGUCUGGACCGACACGCAGGCCACGACUGAUUUCGAGAAGCGCUUCCAUUCGAUCUCUUCCUUCUUCGAGCACCCUUCCUCGAUACCCAGCAGCAGAAAAGGGGUCCUCGAUGAAAGGCACAAAUGCCCUAUUCCCAAUGGCGCAUCCGACCUCGACGUGGCAGUGGAGCCCCCAGCCUGCGAGGUAACGCAAAACAAAGACCGACAGCUGCGUUCGGGAAUGAUAGCUCACCCCUGCGAAUGA